AUGAAAUUAAUAAAACCAGAAUGGAUUGAACAUGGACCAAAAGAAAGUCUUUCAUCAUUACAUAUUAAUCCUGAAGGUAUUCGUGUUGCAUUAGCUGGUAAAUAUAAUGCUGUUGAUUGUAUACGUAUAUUUCGUCUUGCAUCAAUACUUGAUGAAAAUUAUCAAACACAAGCUCGACUUCUCUGUCGUAUUGAUACACAAUGUCCACUUUGUGUUCGAUUUUCAUAUACAAAUGAUAUAUUAGCUGUUGCUAGUCGUCAAAAUGUUCUUCUCUAUCAUUUAACAGCAACAAAUCCAAAUGUAACUAAUCAACCAGUUCAGUCGUCAUCAUCAUUUGGUGAUUUCCCCGAAACAUGGCGUCUUCGUUCAAGUCUAUCAACAGGACAUGUUGCUGAUGUAUUAGAUAUAGCAUGGUGUCCACCAAAUGAUCGUUAUUUAGCAUCAUGUUCAAUUGAUAAUCAUAUAUGCAUUUAUGCAUGGCCAUCAGCUGUAUUAACAACAACUCUUCGUGGUCAUACAGGUUUAGUUAAAGGAUUAGCUUGGGAUCCAACUGGUCUUCUAUUAGCAUCACAAUCAUCCGAUGGAACAGUGAAAGUAUGGUCAAGUACAACAUGGAAAUGUGAACAAACAAUUAAAGAACCAUUUGAUGGUUGCGCAGAAUCAACAUCAUUUCUUCGACUUGAUUGGUCACCAGAUGGUACAAUGUUUACAACAGCUCAUGCAAAAAAUAAUACAUUUCCUGUAUCAGCUUGUAUUAUACGUGGAUCAUCAACAGUUGAUGCAGAAUUCGUUGGUCAUCGUCGAGAAAUUACAUGUGCAAGGUUUCUACCAAGAAUUUUAUUAAUUAAUGGUCGUCGUCGAUGUUUAUUAGCAAUUGGUAGUAAAGAUCGAACAUUAUCAUUAUGGUUAACAAGUCCUCGACAACCUAUGUGUAUAAUUAAUGAUUUUUUUGCGUCGGGUAUACUGGAUAUAUCAUGGUAUUUAAAUGAAGAUGAGGGUUUAAUUACACUUGGUGUUUGUUCACCAGAUGGUGCAUGUGCAUUUAUUACAUUUAAUAAAGGUGAAUUAGGUACACCAUUAACUCAACCAGAAAUGGCAAAAUUUUAUAGUGAUAUGUAUAAAGUUAAUAUAGUAAUUCCAACAAAAACAAUUACAAAUGGGAGUACACCUAUUACAAAUGGAAAUGGACAUAGCCAUCAUCCUCAACAAACUACUGUAAAAGCAACAUUAGAAAAUCAAACUGAACGUCGAUUAGGUGAUGGUCGUCGUUGUAUUAAACCAUUAUGUGUUAUUCGAUCAUCAACAUCAUCAAUUACAUUACCUUCAUCAAUAAGUUCAACUGCUUUAUUUCCUCCACUUAAAUUACAAUCAAAUAUAAUACGUAAAAUAAAUAAUGAAUAUGAAUUACGUACAGAAAAAUCAUCUGAUCAAAUCUAUAUUUUAUCAUGUAUUCAUGAACAAACUAAAUUAGCACAAUGGAAAAAUGUCUUUCAAUCACCAGUACUUGCUAUGCAAGCAACAAAACAUUUUAUUGCACUUGUUACUUUAAAUGAAACACAUCAUUGUUCAGAAUUAUUUGUCUUAGAACGACAAAGUGGUUUGCGAUUAUAUUCAAAUAUUGUUCUAACACAAACAUUAGCUGCUUUAUAUAUAUCAGAAAAUACGAAUAAUAUACAACGAGCAACUAUUUCAAUUAUUUAUAUUACUGGAUUAUUAUCGGUAUUUGAUAUAACACGUAAUUCUAUGACAUGUCCAAUAAUUGAUAUUAAUAUUUCACAUUUAUUACCACCACAUGCAUCAAUUGUUGAUAUUUUUACAUUAAAUCAUAUUAAUUCAGAUACUGUUUGUCUUAUAACAAGUACGGGACAUCUUUAUGGAUUUGAUAAUAUGCUUAAACAUUGGACAUGUUUAUUUCAUAAACACGAUUUUGUAUCUGAUUUUGCUCUUCCAUCUGAUCUAAUUUCAUCAGGUCCAUUAUCUACAUUAACGAAAUCACAUGGUGCUACAAUAAAUGAUGAUAUUUAUCAAAAAACUCUAUAUUCAUCACCAAAUCGUGAAUUACUUGUAUCUGCUUAUCUUGAAACUCAAAUACAACGAUCACGUGUACUUCAUUCAAUUCGUGAAUAUCAUUUUUGGUUAACAAGUUUCGUUCGUUUUCUCGCAAGUUCAUCUCUUAAUGAUAAAUCAUUAAAAUUAAAAUCGAUCUUAGAUCAUAUAACUGAACAUGUACAUAGUACACCAAUAAAUUCUCAUACAAGUUUGAUGCCAUUAAAAAGCAAAGAUGAAUAUCAAAAUUUAUUAAACGAAUGUUUAACUAUUCUUCGUAAUUAUGAUGAUACAUCAACAUUAGUUCAACAUUAUGAAUAA